CGAAUACUUAAGCUUACAACGAAAAUUAUACUAACGUAAACCGUAUCGUGAUUUUUUUUUACCCUGCAAACGUAAGUACCCAGAAUGUGACGCCACACUGGCAAACGUGUCGAGAUUUGUGGAACGUGUACCCCCUAACCCUCCCCUUUUACCCUUGGCAGCAAAUUGUACAGAAUGGACGACGCUUAAAUACGAAUCCUACGUAAAAGUUGGGGGAGUGAUAUAUACCGAGGUAUACAGCGAUGCCGCAUAGGAGUAGAUUAUAAAUGUGGGUCCAAAUGACUGUGUUUAUUGAUGAUAAUAUUAUAUACGAAUAUAAAGCAAUAUACGCAAAGAUAUGAAGAUAAAAACUAUUGGAACACAUGGACGCGAAACUGAUGUAAAUGAGGAAGACACUCAAUGGAAACUGGGAUGCAAAUAUAUCCUGAAUUUGAAAAUUUCUUUCGCAGUUAUGAUACCAGACCGCCACCAAGACGAGCGCCGAAAUCUCACGCAGAGCGGCAACGCCGGUAUAUACUUCGAAAAAAACAAAAAAGACUUGAAGAAUAUCUGAAAGAAAUAAAAAACGCUAGUAGUGAUAAAAUUGAGCCCGCAGAGUUGUCAGCAGUUGCUCGUUUUUUAACUAACCCGCCACCAAGACCACCUCCAAAAACUCACGCAGAGCGGCAGCGCCUAUAUAUACUUCGAAAAAAACAAAAAAGACUUGAGGAAUAUUUGAAACAAACUCAAAACGCUAAUGGUGAUAAUGCCGAGGCCGGAGAGCUAUCAGCAAUUACUAGUAAUUUAGCCAAUCUGCAACCAAGACAACCUCCAAAAAGUCACGCAGAGCGGCAGCGGCGAUAUAUGAUUAGAAAGAAACAAAAAAUGCUUGAGGAAAAACUGAAAAAGGCACAAAAUGCUAACGAUGACAGUUGUGAGAACGCCGAUUUGUCAGCAGAUACUAGUUCAACUAGCUUGCCAUCAAGAAAAGCCCCAAAAACUAAUGCAGAGCGUCAGCGCGAUUUUAGACUUCGGCAAAAGGAAAGAAAAUGUGAAGAAAAUGGUAAUAAACCACCCAAAAAGUCCAGAGCCGCAUAUCUACGUCAAUACAGGGCUAAAAGAAAACUGGCAGCGAUGAUGAAAUCUGAUUUCGUUGAAGUUGUCUUAAGAGAAGAAACGGAAGGUUCCAAUCUAGAAAAUGUCGCUACAGACUUUUUGACGCAAUUAAGUCCUGAUACCGCAUGACCAUCAGUAAGAAAAAAAAAAAAAGAAAAUUCCAAUAGCAAUUUGAAGAUUAAAACCAAGUUCGGAUAUUUGAGUACAAACCCAAGGGUAAAAAAAAAAUCGCGGUCAAAAUAGCCAGUUCUCGAGUCAGAUACAGAUUUCAAAUAUGACGGAUAAUGAAGGAUAAAUAUCAACACAGCACAUAGAAUAGUUGAAAAUUGAUGUCAUGAGAUUGGCGUCAUGUGAUAUCAUUUAUGACAUACUUUUUGGAGUUUAGGAGUUUACUCCUAUAGAAACCAUGUAAGGCAAGUGUAAUGAAAAUGAAUUGGGAGUGAAGUCGUGUGAAACAACGCUAAGACAUACGAGAAAGAAAGAGACUUCUUACCGCGCACUAUUUACUUUGUAAUAAUCUAUGUGUAUAAUAAUAUAAAUAAUAAAUUUUAAAGUAUGAAUAAAAUUAAAA